AUGUGUAUUCAAUGUGUAAGACAAUUAUCUUGGAAUUCUUAAUUGUUUUUAAUAGAAUUGCAAACAUUUAUCAACUGCAAAGGAUGGCUUGAACUAAGAAUUAGAUCUUAAAAUUAAUUAGAUUAUUCAAUUAUAGUAAACUCUUUAAUUGGGGAUAGAUAUGAUAAAUUAAGACUCAAUAUAUUUGAUAUAUAAUUAAAUCAUUCAAUUCAAUAUAGAAAAUAUUUGAAAUCUUGUCAAAUGAAAUAUUUUUGUACUGUAAAGAAAUUAUAUUUUUUAAUUUUUAACUUAAAAAUUUAGUUUUAAUAAUGUAAUUUUAGGGGCUGA